GUGUCUAGGCAGCCUGUCAGUGAGUGGGAAAGUGACCAAGACCGAUGUUAGCACAGAAUUUGCGCGUUAUUAAACUCCAGUCUGGAGAAAAACUAAUAUUUGAAGAUAGGAACUCGCCUCUAAGUACAUGUCGGCGGGUGGCUGACAAACAUGAGGAGGACCCCGACCACGAGUACAGCGACUGGCACCUCCUCCCUGACCUCCUGCUCGAACAGAUCUUCCAGUACCUGACGCUGUGCGAGCGGUACAAUGCCUCCUUGGUAUGCUGGAAUUGGUAUGCAGCUUUCUACUUUCCGAGAGUUUGGUACACCUUCGUUUUCCACGAUGAGCUGCUCACCAAAAGAAAAUUCAAUUAUUAUUCUGGAUAUCAGAAACGACUCGACCACUACAAGGUCACCAUAUUUUUGUCAAACAUGGGCAAGUUUAUCAAGACGUUGAUAAUCAAGCCAAUGACGAAUUUCUUCAGCCUUUACGAGUUUUGCAACAUGUCCUGUUUCAUGAACCACAAAGUCCCGGGCACGCUCGAGAACGUCCAUACUUUCAGAUUCCACUUCUCGUGCCACUUGGCGCAGCGCUCGGAGGAGGUCGUGUUCGGAACCGGCGGCGAAAUCCUCCAGAUAAUCAAGCGCCUCAUCGGGAUCCUGACGAGGCUGAAGACGCUGGAGCUCAGGGACCUGCUUCUAGAGGGCGCCGACGGCCUGCAGCUGCUGGACGACGUUUGCGUCGAAUGCUGCGAAACCCUCCAGACCUUGAUCCUGGUCAACAUAACGAAGCACAACCACUGCCUGCUUCAUCCGGGAGCCUUCGUAAACCUCCAGACGCUAGUCAUUUCCCCUCAGAAUAUCGGGGAGGACCUGCUCGAGCUCUUAUCGCACACGACUCUAAGGAACAUGUUCAUCGUGCAGAACAAGUACACAGACAGCGGGCGCGUCCUCGACCCCCUGGCCUGGAAGCGCUGCCGGACCACCAACCCGAGGCUGCGCGUCCACCUCAGCUCCGAAGGCAACUCCAAGAAGGAGAUUCUCUGGCAGCGACGCGCGCCCGUCAAGAGUAUUGUGUACGAGUCUCCUUACGCGAAGAUUACUACAUCGGUGAUGAUGCAGCUUGUGGAGCUCUACCACUCCGACCUGGAGGUGUUCGCGCACAAGCAGCUGCCGCGAUUCCACAUGCCGAGGUCGUUCCACGACAGAGCCGAUUCCUCCCUCAUCCUGCUGGCCAGGCAGUGCCCCUACUUGCACACUUUGGUGGUCCGUGAGAAAAUAUCAACUGCAACGGUACUUCUGUUGGUUUAUACUGCAAAAAAUCUCCAAUUUCUCUACGUUCGCAAAAAUGCCAUACUCUUGAAGGCGGACUGGCCGAUGAACCCCGACUGGACCUUCGAGUUCUACGAUUGGCUGCGGCGCAGCGCCCGCUCCUACGAGGCGAUGGAGCGCGAGGUGUCCCAGAUCCUGGGCUACAGGUGGCAGGCGCUCACGGACAAGCAGUAUAAGAAUCUCCAGUUAGAUCUUGAAAAGUCGCGUUAUAUGUACUUCUAGCACUUCAGCGCUGGUGAAUUCAUGUGCACACUCGCUUUCUUAAACGUAUAUGUUUGCACGCACGUACACACGGUUACACACACUCAUUCACUGAUUCAUAUACAUAACGCAUGACGUAUGUAAAAGUAUCUAGAUCUAUCUAUCUGUUUGUAUCUACUUAAUGUAUAUAUUCAAGCCCUCAGUAUCAUCUUAUCUGUCUGUGUCCUACAGAUAUGCCAACCCUUGCACACGCAGCAUCAAGGCAAUUCAUUUCGCGCACCAACCUGCUUCUCAGCAAACAGUCUGCGAGGCCUCAUUCCUGUAUCAGUUUUCUCCUGCGGGAGUUUACAUUGUCUCUUUCUAUGAGCAAUUCGACCUUUAUCUCGGGUCAGGAAAGCAGAAACACGGCCCCAGAAACGAGCCUAUUCGAUUUCAUACAAACUGUAAGGCAAUCUUCAGGUUUAAAAAAGAUACUAACUCAUCCCCCAGGAAUUUUUUUUUAGAGAGGAGACAAAGACGGAAAUGAUAUAAUUAGGAAACACUGGAAGGUGUAUAUUGUCUUAAUAUGACUAAUUGUUACAAAUGGGUAAUACAGGAAAGGUUAAAUGAUGUGAUAAAUCAUAUCUCACCAAAAAAAUAGGAGAAGAUAAUGAUUCUUCCAUAAGAUAUCCUUUUUAGGAAUGUCAUAGAUUCGGUUUCUUUGUUGACUAAAUGUAGCUCUGCCUUUCAUCUCUCUUCAUUGCCUUCCAAACUAACUACAGGAACAACACACCCCUUCAUUCUCAAACGACCAACACCGCCUUUGGCAGUCAUUCCACACGUACACUUCUAACAAGUAUAGCACAGCCUGGAAUACUAUUCUUUGUUGUUGUUUUUUCUAUUUGGAAAAUUAUAUUCUUGUUGAACAUGCGAUGAGAGCAAACAGUAUUUAGUUUCACCAUACCCAGGACCUCACACUGCGAAUAUUCGGUGCCUCGUCACCCUGUGAGUUGAUUUCUCAUUCUUCGUCGACCUGGCAUUGUAAAACAGUGUUUUAAUUCAUGGAUAUCAAUCACGAGCUAAAUGUUUAUACCUUGCGAUUUUGUGCAGUAUGUGAGGUAAUGAUGACUGGUCAUAGAAUCAUCCUUUAUGAAGGAACAACCUUAGUCUUGUUUCGUAUAUUAAACUUCUCUUGUGUAAAGUGAUUUGUUCUGACAAACUGGAGGUUUGUAUAUAUCUAUGCUCUUUAUCUGUUUCUUACUUUUUUAUUGGAAUUAUGUGGAUUGAAUUUGUAAGAUAUAAUUUUUGUUGGUACCGCAAGGUUGAAUGCUGGAUCUAUCUGUAUAUGUAUAGGCUGUUUCAAUUUUGUUAAAAUCUUGAUAUCCAUAAUGGGAUGCUCUAUCUUUGUAUAAGAAUUUAGAAUUUGAUAUGUAGAAUGAUAUUUGUUAAUUGUUUCGUGAAUCACAAGCUCCUGUUCCAAAGCAUAGUGUAAAUACGCCCUUGUUACUUAUUUUACUGAUACGUCCUUCUAUUUCUGUGUGUUUUGGCAUAUGGAGGCAAUUGCGCCUUUCUUUCUUUUGACGUAUCUUUCUGUCUACGCACACUCUCUCACACACGCGCGC